UUUUUGAAAAUUUGUUAUCCACUUAUGUUGCCAAAAUGGCGGAACCCAUGGAAGAAUCAGAGCAAGAUUUACUUUGUGAAAAACCUGCUAAUACCAAUGCUAAUGAGGGAAAUGAGGAAUCGACCGGUCAGCAAUCGAUGGAUAGUCAGACCUUGUCUGCAGUUUUACAGUUCUUGAGGAAAAAUAACCUGAAAGGUACUGAAGAGCUGUUGAGGAAAGAAGCUAAUAUCCAAGAGACCUCAGAGAAUGCUUCUAAUACUGACCAAGAUGUAUCAUCUGCCCUAUCAGCAUAUACAAGUGAGGGUGACCCGUUGCUGUAUGAAGGUCAAUACAGAGGUCUGAUGUCAUUCAUAGGAUCAGCGCUGGAUGCUACUAAGUGUGAACUAGCCCAGAUCCUUUAUCCUGUGUUUGUUCACAUGUACCUAGAGCUUGUCUAUAAUGAUCAUGAUAAUCAAGCUGUCGCAUUCUUCAGUGGGUUUAGUGAUGAACAGGAAAGCUACCAUGAAGAAGAUCUUAUCAAACUCUCUGCUGUCACUAAGAAAGAUCACAUGAGACAUAGUGAAAUCAUGAUGAAUUUCAGAACUAGUAAAUAUGUGAUUCGGAUGUCCAGAGAUUCCUACAGUGCACUGAAGCGAUAUCUACAAGACAAACAGAACAACACAGUGUUGAAUAUUCUUGAGGAACAUCUCUAUAUUGAUGUAUUUGAUGGAGUUCCUAGGAAUAAGCAGCAGAUUGAUUCUAAGGCUGGGAGUAUUGUUGGAGAAGCAAAGAGAGAAGCUAAUAAAGGCAAGAUCUACUACGGUCUGUUGAAGGAGCCUGAUAUUAACAUUCAGAUUGAUGAAGAUGAUGAAGGCGGUGAAGGAGAAGAUAAGCCAAAGAAAAAGAAGCCCAAGAAGGAUCCCCUAGCAUCCAAGAAGAACAAACCAGAUCCCAACGCCCCUCCUCAAACCAGAAUACCACUUCCAGAAUUGAAAGAUGCUGACAAACUAGAGAGAUUGAAUGCACAGAGGGAGCUGUCAAAACGAGUUCAUCUCGGGCCAGAUAACUUGCCAUCCAUCUGCUUCUAUACAUUCCUCAAUGCUGCACAAAGUCGAUUGAUCUCUGUGGAUGUGAGCAAUGAUUCAGGUCUGCUAGCAGCGGGUUUCUCAGAUUCUCUCAUCAAAGUAUGGACAUUAACACCUCAGAAGCUAAGGAAAGUCAAACAAGCUGGAGCAUUGAAAGAGAUAGAUGCUGAAUCUGAUGAUGUCUUGGAGAGAAUCAUGGAUGACAGCACUGCUACUGAUCAGAGAGUCCUGUUGGGACAUAGUGGACCUGUGUAUUCCACCAGCUUCAGCCCUGAUAGGAAGUUUCUCCUCUCUUCAUCUGAAGACACCACCAUCAAGCUUUGGAGCAUGUACACCUACUCUAGUCUGGUUGCUUACCGGGGACAUAACUUCCCUGUCUGGGAUGUACAGUUUGGACCGUUUGGUCAUUACUUUGCUUCAGGGAGUAAGGAUAGAACAGCCAGACUGUGGGCUACAGAGUAUCACCAACCUCUCAGGAUAUUUGCUGGACAUCUUUCAGAUGUAGAUACUGUGAGGUUUCAUCCCAACUCCAACUACAUUGCUACUGGGUCUAGUGAUAAGACUAUCAGGCUGUGGGACAUGAACACGGGGAAAUGUGUUAGAGUCAUGACAGGACAUAAGGGUCCAAUCCACAAUAUCAUUUUCUCACCCAACGGUCACUACAUGGCAUCAACGGGAGAAGACAAGAGAGUGUUACUAUGGGAACUACGCCAUGGCAACCUCAUCAGAGAACUUAACGAUCACACAGCACCAAUCUACUCACUUAGCUUCUGUCAAGAUGGCAAUGUUUUAGCCUCGGGUGGUCUUGAUAACUGUGUCAAGCUGUGGGAUGUCAAGAAAAUCUUUGCUGAGACGGAACCUGACGAGUUGAGUUCACCACCUGCUAUUGUUACAUCUAGUGCUUCAAAUGUUCUACUAGGCUCUUACCCUACCAAAUCCACUUCCGUUUUCAAUCUACACUUCACUCGUCGGAAUCUCCUUCUUGCAUCGGGACCGUUCACAUCAUAGCAUAUUCUCCUGUCAACCAUCAGGUCGGAGAUGUAGCUGUAAGUCCCCAGUUCAGUUGAUGACAACAACAAAAUA